UGGGCCAAUGGAACAAGAAUCGUCAACUACUAGGCAAGUAGACGGAAGAGACUUUUUGGAGACCGCUUAUUUAGAACCUGACUUGUCAAAACAAGAUAAUAUUUUUGAAAUCUUACCGGAUGGAACAAAAACCUUUGAAUCAAACUUUGAGGAAGAAAAAGAAAGCACUUCAGCUGGAAGUCAACCUUUGUCUUCAAAGUAUCGUUUGACAGACGUUCAAACACGACUAGAGUCUGCUGCCUUUCUGUUGUCGCAACUUCACUUUAUACUUUCAAAACUGGAACAAAAUGAGUUGCUGGAAGUAACUUUUACUACAGAAACUGAAAGGUCAGCGUUGUCAAUGUUAAAGAGACCAGAGAAAGCGUUCAUGAAACAGGCAUAUUUCAUGAAAUUGGCAAAUCAUAUGGAAGAGAGACAUAAGAAGCUUUCAAGACUAGUUGAAAGACAACAAGAGAGGCUGAGGCAAUUUAUUCGUUUGCGCAAACGUUGCACUGGUAUUCGAAUCUCCUCGAGUGGUCUUUGCGUUCAAGGAUCCGUUGCAAUCGAUGAUACUUGGUAUAAUCUUAAUUUAGAAGAUCCAGAAGAAAAGUUUAUUGAGAAGCAAGAUGUCAUAGAAUCUUCUAUAGCCACGGGACCUGGAGAUUGGCUUGGUCAAGUGAAGUUUCCUAGUCACUUAAAUACGGAAAGACUGAGUAAUGAUAGAAAACUCGAGAAAAAGCUUCUAAUUGCUAUCAGUCGUGCGAGGUUCUUUGCCUUUCAGAGAAGAGCUUUUCGAUAUUUGGUCAAUGCCUGCAACAAAUGUAAUCAUAUAUUGUAUUAUUAUCAGAAUCGUGUACAUGUGCAAGUACAUCCAAGAUUCCAUGUUGUAUUUGGAUUGAUUCGACCUGAAGAGUUGAAUCAAGUCUCAGACUCGCCAAUGAAUAGAAAAUGGGAUGCGUUCAGUUAUUGGUUAUGUGAAUGGAGUUUAUUUUCGCCUAGCAAUUUAGUAAAGUCAUUCGAUCAACUUAUGAAAGGAGAGAGUAAGAAGUCCUUUUCAUUGGAAAUGAACAAGGUUUUGAAUCUUCUCUAUACGUUGGAAAGCACGGAAGAACUCGAAACCACAGCAGAUAGACUUGCAUCACAUUUUGGCUUACAAUUAGAAUGGCUUUAUGGAAAGGAAUUGGGUCAAAUCGAAGUGAAAUUGACAGCAAACAAAUCAGAUGGCAAAGGUCCACAAGUUCUUUUAGGCACUGCCACAUUUGUUGCUCCUUGUUCAGUUUGGUUUACUCCAGCUUUCAGAGUAUAUUGUCAGGGAGUGUUGGAAGUUUUGCAAGUAUCUUCUACUCAUUCUUGGUCAUGGAUAUCACGUGAUGAAGAUUAUCCACCUAGCUUUGAAUGUCCAAUUUCUCAACUCCCAAGCAUUAUCGCGUUACUACUUUGUGGGCGACUACUUCACUCUUUGGAGUUAAUAGCUCGUUGCCACAAAUGCGUUUUUGAAGUUGACCGUCAAGGUUUAGCUUUAGCUGUUCGAGGAAGAAGAACUUUUGUGACUUUGUGGUUGGAGGUAAUUCCAUUUUUAGAAAAACAUGGAGAAAUGGAAGAGAUAGGUUUAGAAGCCUAUUUAAAUGGAGAAUGUCUCAACUCUAUGGAAAUGCAUCAAGUGGGCCUCUUCAGUUGGUUUCAUUCUCAGUUGUGUCGUUUAGAUUCGGAAGACGAAAGGUUAUUUUUUCAUAAUGAAAAAUGAGUUUACAAAGUGCUUUCUGCUUUUGUAAAUGACUUUAAAAGAAAGAUGAGAAAUGCCGGUAUUCUUUUUGGACUCUUCAAAGCUGCUCAGAAUAUAUUCAAUCAUAGAACCUUUUUUGUCUUCCUUCUGUGGUUGUAGUUAAUCUCGAUGUACUUAGCAACAACAGUCUUUAGAGAAGCUUCGUCUAUUGAAGAGGAGACUCGUUGCUACAGCAAGUUCCACUAUUUAGAAUUGGAAUCCGGUAGUCCUUUGCAUCAUCGCGUAAUAAACUAAAGAAGCUUUUUGUUAUCUUUGUAACUAGUAUUCCUUGUAGCAGUUGAUGAAGAAGUAAGUUUUGAUUAUUUUUCUAGUUACAUUUUGCGAAACGCAAGAACUUUUAUGGAAGCAUAGCGUGCUAAGGACAUAUAACCAAUCCAGCUAUAAUAAGUUGUAUUCUUAUUGUAUUGUUGGAGUCACACAAUAUUCCCAGCACCAUCACUUUUGUGUCAUGAACUAUGAAAACAAAAGGAUAAAAAAGUAAACUUCUUAAGAAGUAAACUGAUGCAUCUACAGUAAUGUUUAAAAAUGAACUAGUUGCAUUUUUG